AAAGACACUCUUAGAACAUCUUUGAUAUACGAAACAUAGCAAGUAAACAAAGUACCACCGCUUACGAUUUGAUGUUCUGUGAACCCGAACAUCAAUCAAUUUGAAGGACAGAAUAUAGUUAACGCCCAUUAAUGGACGUCAAGUGUCUUAUCUAGGAAGAUGCCUCCAAAAGACUAUCGCGACCGUCUGCUUAGUGAUGUACACGUGGGUUUGAAAAAUGUUACAGAUUGUGGGACCAUCAAUUAUGUUAAAGGAACAUACGACUAUUACCAUUACGGAUGUGAUGGAUUUUCAGAUAAGGGUUGGGGCUGUGGAUACAGAACUCUCCAGACAUUAUGCUCCUGGGUGAAGGAAAGUCUGAAGGGAAAGGGCUCACCACCACCAGUACCACAUAUUCGAGAAAUACAGAGAGUCCUCGUUAGUAUAGAGGACAAACCUACACAUUUCAUAGGAUCGAGGGACUGGAUUGGGUGCUUUGAAGCCUGCCUUGUCCUAGAUGUACUCUACAGUGUAUCCUGCAAAGUGAUGCACAUCCCAAGUGGUCAACAACUGUGCAAGCAUAUUCCUGAGCUAGUGGAACACUUCUCUCAACUAGGGUCACCAGUGAUGAUGGGUGGUGACAAAGAUUGCUCCGCAAAGUGUAUUGUUGGAGUACACACAGAUGUUGAAAGAAAUGAAGCGUCACUUCUAGUAGUGGACCCACACUUUUGGGGCGUUGCUGCAGAUUGCUACCAACUACAGAGAGAAGGCUGGGUGUGUUGGAAACAGCUUUCAGAGUUCCUGGAUAGCUCCUUCUACAACCUGUGCCUGCCACAGCUUUCUUCAGAAUUGGAGCCUUCAGUUUGAUCCAUAACUGCAGUCAGAACAGCACCUCACAUUCAGUAGCCAUAAUUUUAUCAUCAUCUUUAUUUUCAAGUAUGUCAUUAUGGUUGCACUUCAUGUCUUUUGUAUAGUGCAAACAUGACAUUUUCUUGAAGUAACAUUAAUAGUAUUCGUUUUAUGAAUGUGUUAUGGUAUUGAUUAAAUGUGAACAUUACAAAAGUU